AUGUCAUUUGCAGCGUCUGAUAACGUACCCCAAAGUUUCAAGCAAAGCCUUAACUGGAAAGACGAAUUGUACGCGGCCGAAACAUUCCGUGAUGGUAUUUACGCCAUUUCACGUGUGGUGCCUUCCUGGGUUCCAGCGGUUGGUCUUCUUUCAGCACUUGGUAUUUACUAUGCAACAUUUCGGGUCCGCCUCUUUAUCUCACAAUGGCGACUUGAGGAGCGCCGGCGAGCGGAGCGGAGGUACGAACUUUUGGACACCCUACGAGGAGUGCCUAUGGGCCCGGUUGGUACCGUGGAACCCCUCGGAGAUGAUGAUGUAGAUGAGGAAGACGAGGAGGAAGAUGAUGAAACAGCUGUUUCCAUGCGCGACAUCGAGGAAUUUCGAAGCAGUUUGGGCAUUCGUCUGCCACGUGACGAGGAUCUCCUCAGUAUUGUAGAGCGCAUGCUGAUGGUAGACCCGAUACCUGAUGGGUGGGUGUUAUAUCGUACUGCCGCUGGCAUUAUUCGCUUUAUGAACCUCAAUACACAAGAGCUUUUCUUUUUUCAUCCAGGCAAGCGCAAGGAGAAGUCAUAUAUUGAUGCUGAACUCAAGAAGCGAAAUCGUCAAGCAAUGGAGAGUAAGUAUAACUUUUACUCUGAGGAUGAGGGGUUUAACUUAUUUCCCAUAUCCAAUCGGGGUCCUCAGUCUACCACUAUGGCAUCUGGACCAUUACCUAUUGAUUUUGGUGACGAUGGCAACCCAGGUGAAGAGGAUGAUACUCAAACGAACGCCUUCAAGCGCUUGUUUCACUACUUUUUGGAACGUGAACAGAAGCGAAUCGAGCAGGAUGUUGUCCGCUCCCGAUGCUCUAUGGCGCACCGCACCAAGGAGGCGGUGGGGGUUGGGAUCCCGGGAGGGGUCUCUGGACCAUCAUUAUCAUCUGCAACAGUACUAUCAGAUGUUUCUGGUGGAGCUUCAGUAAGCGGUAGUGGUGGAAAUCACAAUGCAACUAGUUCUAAGUCUGGUGUAGGAGUAGGGGGUGCCGCUGGGGGCGCAGAGGGUGGACAAUCGUCUCAGCGAUCACCCGUCAGCAUGCUUCCUCCCAUGACGUAUCGUGUUGUCUUAUCAAGUGCGAUUCACGGGAGUCGUGGUGGGAAUGCUAAAUGA